AUGCUGUGGGCGCGGUCGCUGGUGGUGCUGGGCUGGUUGUGCGCGGCGGCCGGCGGGGCCAAGUUGGCGCCGCUGGAAGUGCCGCGUUGUUGUCCUGCCGACUCGCAACUGGCACCCGAAGCGUUGCAUGUCUCCACGCUGAGUUACGAGCGCGCCGCCGCCUCCUGCCGACCGCCCGAACCCAACGCACCCGCCUGGGCACCACUAGUGUAUGCUCCUGCUCGAAACACCUUCUUGGAACGGGGGCGUCUGCCGCAGCAUUGGAGACUGGCUGACGGAGCGCUACCCGCUUGCGGGGAGCUGAGAGUACUGCCCGAGCACGCGGCGCCGUACGCGCUGCUUGCUAACAACGGCUCGCUACUAGUACGAGGGACGACGCACGCACUGCCGCCCUCACGAUACUGUGCGGACGUCGGCGGCGCCCUUGUUUGUGCCGAAGAUGUGCCCCGAAUGCUCAGCAAGUGCUGCGCCGAGAGCCACGGCUUCGACGGAGCCCACUGCGUUGAGGACGCGGAGGGCGCGGCCGCCGCGCUUGCCGAGUUGCGGGUUCUAGCCAACGGCAGCGCGGUGGGCUUCGGGUGGCCGGCGUGCGUGGAAGGCUCACGGUAUGCAGAGGCGGGUGCGCUCAGUGGUGCUACGCUGGAGCAGGGCGGCGCGCUGCAGCUACGAGGGGCGGGCGGGCCGGCGCGUCUGGCGGGUGGCGCGUGGUGCGCGGAGGCGGUGUCGGGCGAGACGGGCGCGCGCGUGCUGGCGUGCGAGGGUGCGGCUCGAGCGCGUGGGGCGGGCGGCCCGGCGCACCAUGCGCUGUACGGCGCUGGGCUGGCGGUGGGUGCCGCUUUCCUCGCCGCCACGCUGGCUGCCGGUUUCGCGCUGCCGGCUGCGCACCAUGCGCUACACUGGCGGUGCCAGACGCAUUACGUGGCCGCGCUCAUGCUGGGCGACGUGCUGCUCGCUGCAACGCAGCUGGCCGGCGAUCGCAUGCCACCCACCGUCUGCCAAGUGAUCGCUGUGUGUAUGCACUUCUUGUUCCUGUCCGCGUUCUUCUGGCUGAACACAAUGUGCUUCAACAUAUGGUGGACUUUCCGGGACUUCCGGCCGACGUCGCUGGAGCGUGGACAGGAAGCGUGCCGACUGCGCGUGUACCAGGUGUACGCGUGGGGCGCCCCACUGCUGGUGGCGGGCGCGGGCGCGCUGCUCGACCACCUCCCGCCCGACACUACCGCCGGCUACCUGCGCCCGCGCUUCGCAGUACGCCACUGCUGGUUCUACGGUGACGCGGAGGUGCUCGUCUACUUCUUCGGGCCGGUGGGCGUGCUCUUGCUUGUCAACCUUGCGCUCUUCGUAUCCACCACGCGCCAGCUCACAUGCGGCCUCUGGCGCCGCGACGAGGUCAAGUCCACAUCUGAGAGGGCGGCAUUGGGGCGCGUAUGCGCCAAGCUGGUGGUGGUGAUGGGCGUGACGUGGGGCGCGGAUGUGAUAUCGUGGGCGGCGGGCGGGCCCGCGUACCUGUGGUACGCUACAGAUCUGCUGAACGCACUGCAGGGGCUGUUCAUAUUCCUGGUGGCGGGCUGCCAGCCGCACGCGUGGGCGGCCGCCAAGCGAGCAGCGGCGGCGUUGUGCGCGCGGCGCGGCCGCCACGCGCGCCACGCCGCGCACUCCUCCUCACACCUGCCCUCGUGCGGCGAGUCGCUCACGCACACUACGGCCGCCCCAGCCCCCGCCCCGGCCCCCGCUGCCCCACCCUCCGCCCCCGCACGCCUCCCCAUGGAGACGGUGUGCUGA